UGGAUUUUUGCGAGGACCACGGUGGAAUUGGGCCCGGAGUCGCGAGUCGUCGUCCUCUCCCGCGAAUCGAGCGUCCGUCGUUUUCGGAUCAUGUUUAUCUCCGGAGUUUCCUGGCUCGUCCCGGCGACGAUAUGACGCUCUCCUACUUGCCCGCGUCCACGGAUCCUCGCCGUUCUUCCCGAUGGCAACGCUCGCGCCCUAUGAACCACGUUUUUGGGACGCACAACUGUGAUUCAUAGUUGACACCCUCGCAACGCAUGCUCAUCAGAAUGGACGAGGAGGAAGAAGAAGAAGAAGAGGAAGAAGAAGAGGAAGAGGAGGAGGCGGGGGAGGAGGUCUCCACCCGAGAUUGUGACAUCGGGAAAUUCCGAAAGGGGGCAACGACUACGGCUUGCGGUAGUCACGAGUACAAACGAAGCAAUACUGUUUACCAUGGGAGCAAUAUUUCGGGAGUUCCAAUUUCGACUCCCGGUCCGAGAAGAGUAGCGAGGUUCCCUUACUCCGUCUGUGAUAUAGCUGAAAUGCAACAAUUUUUAUUUGCUUUUAAAUGCGUUAAUUUUAAGUUACUCGCUUUGAUUCUAUUCCUAGUCCCCGUUCACAACUGCUCGACCGUUUCUAAUUCUAAUUCUAGUUCUACGUCGGCUCCCUCGGGAUUCGAAUCCCCGCGGACGAGAGUCCUCCCCUCCCUGGAUAGCUGGAGCCCCCCGACCGGAGACCCCGAGUCCAACGGGACCUCUCCCCAGGGGGGAAGGAACAGAGAUCCACCGACGAAGAGUUCCUGCAGGAACAACCUGGACACCCACGACGGGCCCAUCGUCACCGGGCGCCCCGAGGAUAUCCUCUUCAACUUAACUCAUCGUUUCUUCGACACCAGUCACGGGUUCGUACCUGGGAUAUCCUAUAAAGUGAGUUUGCGAUCCAUGCAGGCAGUGCAGUAUUUCAGCCUGAGCAGUCUGAGUGACUCGGAGGAGUUUCGGGGCCAAUUCUUCAGCGAGAACAACAGCCCCAGCGACUGCAACGGAGGCUCCACCGUGACCGGUCAUCUACGCAGAGGCUCCUCGCUUUUCUUCCAGUGGUCACUCCCGCCCCUAGAUCAGAUUCUACUUGAAAGGCCCACCAUCAAGUUUAGGUUGCGAUAUCGACUGCUACAUCAGAAGGACGUUAUUUUUGAGAAUCGUUUUAGUUUUCUUAUAAAAAAAGAUUGUGAUAUCCAGCUAAGGUUAAUCUCGGGUAAUUUUUCGUCAUUGGACUUGCCAAAGUUGCCUUCCGAAUCCUCGUGUCGCGUCUCAUUCGCGCACGCGCACGCACAAAAGACUUGGAGCCCGGCGGCGGCACCCGAGAACCCGGGCCUGGUCAUCUGGCUCACCAAACUCAACGUGGCUUGCGACGCCGGGCACCUGGAAUUCCGCGCUCACCCGCCGCCCGACAGCCACGCCAACGCCUCUGCCACCGCCAAACGCUUUUGCGGCAAACUCGAGGAGGUCCCGCCCACCCAGAGACACCUCUACUAUCCCUCCACCCCGCAGGGCGACACCUCGUUCCCAACGAUUCACAUCCUGGGCUCGGCGGUGUUCUCGCUCUCGUACGAGCUGGUGGACCACUGCUACAACGUCACCCUUACCAACCGGCUCGACUCCUUCCUCGUGCGGGCCCAGCGGAGUCUGGACUGCAACUUCAAGAUCGCCCUCCCGUACGGCAACCAAGUGCUCCUGUCCUUCCACGUCAAUUUCCCCCCCUCCCCCUCGCCCGCCCCCGAUUCCGCCCUCGCCAACGCGGCCGACCAACACGUUCAAUUCUAUUCUAAAUCUAGUCAUAGUAGUAAUUUUAAGUACGAACGCAAUAGUCUUAGCAAUACGGGUGCACCUUCUUCUGCCAGUACAAAUCCGAGAGAGAACCUCUCCAACGACAUUCUCCCGAGCUCGGAUCUCGCGGGGGGUUUUUUCCGCGAGGGGGGUCUAGGGAAGUCGGGGGUGAGCGGGGGUCAAGGGAAGUCGGGGGUGAAUGGGAGCCACGGGAGAGCCGUCGGGUUCGUUCCCGCUUCUGAGGAUCUCCGGUGCGCCAACCUCCUCAUCCACUACGUCGAGACCGACGGCUCGUGGAUGUUCUGCGCCGACCAGAUCGACUACCCCCAGAGAUUGGAGCUCCUAUCGACGAGUAGCACGGUUUACCUGCAUUUCAAAAGCUUGCCUGUAGCGGAAGGGCCGUUCCCGGUGGUUCUGGUGAAAUACGAGGCGGUGCCAAUCCCGGAACUGGUGGAGCGGUGCCCGUUCGGGUCGGUGGCGGUGGGGCACUCCUGCGUCAGCGUCGUCGAGGAGCGGCCUCUCCCGUGGGCGGAGGCCGAGCAAGAGUGCAGGAACACCGGCGGACACCUCCUCACCAUCCUCACCCAAUCCGCCGAGGAGACCAUCAACCGCAUCCUCAUCAACAGCCCAAAAUACAACGAUGACAACUCUUACUGGAUCGGCGCAACCGACUUGAACCACGAGGGAGACUUCCGCUGGACGGACGCGUCUCCUGUGUCGUACACAAAUUGGUUUCCUGGUUGGUCGCAAUUCGGGUCUUACAACCGGCAGCCGAGUGACGACGGGAUCAGCGAGGAGGACUGUGUCGAGCUCCGCCGAUCCUUCCACCUCCCGCCCUCGGCCCAUCACCAGAGCUCCCCGCUCUCGGCCAAUCACAACCCCUUCCUGUCCCGACCCUUCCACCCCCUCCCCAUCCGCCCCCCGAAAUUCGCCUCUCAAUCCAGGACCGUCAACACCUUCAUGUGGAACGACCGCCAUUGCUCAACGCCCAAUUUUUUCAUCUGCCAGACCCUUCAGAACGCCAACGUCAAAGAACUGGCUGAUUCGGCGAAAACCUUCGAUUGCAAUCGAUCGAUAUCGCUGAGCUCGGAGCACCCUUCGGCGACUGUGGUGAGCCCGGGGUUUCCUCAUAUGUACCCGGACAACGCUUUCUGCCUCGUCGAGAUCUCAGCACCGCCCACCCAUCGAUUAAUCAUCGAUUUCGAUGAACUCGUCAUCGAAAACGAAUCUGUGUGUUCAUACGACUACAUCGAAUUACUGGAGAUCGAGGAAGAUUCCGAAGGUGAUGUUGGGAACUCGAGAGAAGGAAACCGAGGCAAUGAGCUCGGGGAGGAGAUGACCUCAUCGAUGGCACCCAAAAGGUUGUGCGGCGACUGGGGGGAUAGGUUGAAGCUUCUGAGGCACAAAAGUUCCAGCUCCCGACUGCGCAUGCUCUUCGUUUCAGACUAUUCGCACCACUUUCCCGGCUUCAAGGCUCGUGUCUCUAUGGUUCAUGCUGGGCUGGAAUGCUCUGAUGAUAGAAUGCUCAUGUACAACAACUCGUGCUACAUGGUUGUGUCUUACCCACAAGUUACCUGGCAUACGGCUAAAGAAAUCUGCACUGGUUUGAGGGCUCGUUUGGCUAGUGUGCACAGCAUAGAGGAGGAAAGCUUCAUCAUCACAAGAAUUCGAGAGUCCAAAGACUACAGCACAAAUACAAUUUAUUGGCUGGGAGCUACUUUUGAGGCAUUGGGUAGAUGGCGUUGGCAAGAUGGAAGCUUACUCAAUUUUUCAGCGUGGCUGCCAAACAACGUAGAGGAUCACAACAGACUUCACGGCUUGAAUUGCUUGAGCAUCAAAUGGUCACCCGCUCCUUUACAGCAUUUAUCGAAUGGUCUUCACAUGGUUCCGGAGAGAUGUCAACUCAUUGGUGGAUACGUUUGCAAAAGAGACGUGCAAGUUCCAGGAAGUAGCUUGAACCUGAACGAGACAAUAAACGGAACGGAAGGGAAACUGAGCUCACCGAACUACCCUUCGCCGUACUACAACGACUUGGAUUACUACGUCCAAAUCGAAAGCGGGGAGUCGACUCGGAUCGUCAUCCAAUUCGAGAGUCUGGAUUUGGAGCAUCAAACGGAGUGCCUCUACGAUUUCAUCGAGCUCAGGAGCAUCGCGCCCGACGCUGAGCCCGUCAAAUUCUGCGGCCAUCACGAGCCACCAUUUUUGAACGGGUUGAAUUUCGUCUCGGAAAAGAACAAGGUGUUGGUUCGCUUUCAUUCGGAUUAUUCUGUAUCGGGGUUUGGAUUUUCCGCCUCGUGGCAUGCGGUCGAUGUGGCUGGCUGCCCGCAACAAACUUUAACCGCACAACAAGGAGUCAUCACGAGUCCUAAUUUCCCAAGAUUCCUCUUGUCACAUUUAGACUGCACCACGACCAUUUUGGCACCGGCCGGGAAAAAAGUGUGGUUGGAGAUUUUAGAAUACGAUAUGGGGUUCCCGGACGAGGACGCCUUCAAAGAGGAGAAGUUGAAGAUCAACGUGGGAGCCGACGACACUGCCUUUGAACCAUUUCAGAUUUCACAUUUUUUAAAUGAUGGUGCUUUUUUAUCCUACGGAGAGGAGCUGCGCCUGCAUUUAAAAACCGGGCGCAGUCCGCAAGGAAGGGGCUUCAAAGCCGCAUACAAAGUAGUUGAUAGCGUUUUAUCCGAACGAAUAGUUGACCUUUCAAAUACUUCUCGAGGAUAUUUGCUCCAGCUCAACUACCCUGCUUCACCUCCGGAAGAUUUGGACUACUCACAACAUCUCACUGUCCCUGUCGGAUAUGUCAUUUCCCUCAACGCUCAGAAAGUUGUUCUUCUAAAAAAUGGUUCCGAAGAGGAUACGUUAUGCUCGGAUGGAGAUAGAAGUAUGAUUGAAAUCAAGGAUACUUAUAGGUCAAAAAACGGGACAGUCUGGAGACUCUGUGCUGCCAAAUCCCAGGACCCUCCUCUUUUCUCUGUGAAUUCCUUCUUGAAUAGUAUUCAUAUUCGCCAAAUCAGCCAGACUACCUCAAAGACUUAUUUCAACAUCUCCGUCAAAACCAUGCGAGAUACCAGCUAUAAGCACAAAUUACGCGAAGUUGCCAGUGAAAGCAUUGAGACGUGCACUCCGAACUCUUGUCAAAACGGUGGAAAGUGCGUCGAUGUCAACGAGGAAAAGAAGAUCUGCCAGUGUUCUGGACAUUAUACGGGGAUGUUUUGCGCUUUGACGAUGUGCGACCUGGAGCCGUGCUUGUUCGGGAAGUGUGAGCUUUCGCCCUCUGGUUUCCAGUGUGUUUGCCAGCCCGGGUACAGGGGUGCCAACUGCGACAUUAAAAACAGACCUUGCGCCGACAACCCUUGCGAAGGGCGAGGAGAGUGCGUGGAGCGCAGCGAAACCACAUUUUCAUGCCGUUGUCACGCUUGGUGGGAAGGUCCUCGGUGCGAACGGCGGCUGAUCCACAUCCCAUUCAAGCCGCUGCACCAACGCAUGCUUCAGGAGCCUUUCUGGCUGGGGCUCAUCACUGUUUUCGUCGUUAUGGGCAUCAUCGGUACAUUCUGGUGCUGCAGGCGACAUCUGCCGGAGAAACUCGAGAAGCUCCUCGCAGAGGAAGCCGAUCGGAACAGACGCUAUGCGAACCCGUCUUCGUGCAGAGUGCCGUCGGUGCGGGCGAACCUGGGUCAGGCGGUGGGCUCCGGCGUGGGGAGCGGGGGCGGGGCUGCCGGGGGGGCGACCCCCAACUCCGCCCACGCAGGCGCGGCACCACCACGUACGAUCUUUGAUAGACUCGGUAUUCGCAAAACCUCCUUGCUCAGUCUAACCAGUCCGUUACAGACAAAUAGAACCUUUAGUUUGGACGAUCUUUUAAAGCAUUCUCCGAAAAGCACGACCUCACCUCGCCCAAAAAGAACCAAUUCUACUUCUACAAAAAACACGUCCGAGAAGAAACACUUACUUCAGCAACUAAUCGCCCCUAACAAACAUGCACAGAAAACUAAAAGCACGGAGGUGAUUAAUUUAACAGAAACUAAUGCAUCAAGUAAUUCUAACUUGCGAGAAACGUCUUUCAUCGAAAACACUCCGUCGACGGGAAACAACAAACUAGAGAAGAAAGUGACGUUCGCUCGCUUACUGAGUAAAGUAUCGACGGAGAUCAGCUCUGGUUCGGAGGAUACUGUUCAGAUUACCAAAGAUCCGGCCGCCGAUUUGGCUUGGACGCACAGCGAUGGUUCCGCAAAAGGUGAGGCGAAGAGAAGGCCGGGGCGGCUGAGCCUGGACAUCGGCGCGUCCUCGAAGAAGGCGGCGAGCGCGGACUCGAUCAUCGCCAUGUUCCGCAACUUCUCGGCGGACGCGGCGGACGCGAUCCAGGGCUCGGGAGGGCGCUUCAACAGCAUGAUGUCCGUCGCGAGCACGCUCAGCGCCUCGACGCCGCAGGACGACCCGAGCGCCACGCCGACCGGGCCCUGGCAGGGCUCCGACCUCUCCCUCUCCUCCGCCCUCCGGAGCCCCACCUCCUCCUCCAACCCGCCCAGCCCCGUCCUCGCCCGCAGGCACUCCAACACCAUCCAGAUUUCAGUUUUAGAACCACACAGCGCUCAGACGAGUUCCAGUUUACUCCAUCCACCGACUAUUCUGCUAGAGGCCUCAAACAAGUGCCUGUCUCCGAUUCGAGAACUUCCCACACCGGCUCCCUCACCAGCUUUGAGUCCCGUUUUCAGGCGGAAAAACGGAGAUAAAGAGAGCACAGGAGAGGACACCUCUAUUUUCUUAUCGGUCCCGACAGAAUAUUACACACGGUUGGAGAGGCGAAGCUCCGAGGGCAUGACGAAGCAAGGGAAGCCGAGCUCCUUGCACGUGAACAUCCCGACGGUGACGGUGGAGGAGCCCUCGCCGACGGGCUCGCUGCCGACGCUACGGAUAUCCCCCGGGUCGCCGCCGCCGCGGAAGGAGCCAUUCAUGUCGAGCAAGGAGCUGCUGAGCCUGGAGGAGGCGGCGACGCGGGGGCCGGAGGCGGGCGCGGGGCCGCCGACCAUCACCAUCACCUACUCGAUGAGCGAGGUGGAGUCGGACUCGGAGGCGGCGGGGGCGGGGAAGGGGAAGGCGCCCUCGCCAGGGGGCGGCGGCAUGGACUACCUGAGCCCGUUCAGCGUGGGCACGAGCCGGGCCGAGCACGCCUCCGAGUCGAACCUCAGCUCCUCCGGCUACAGCACGGGGCCCUCCCGCUGCGGCUCCAACAACCCGCUCUGCCCCUCCGAGCCGGAGGACCACCCGCCGCGCCGCCCCUCGCCCCUCCUCCGGACGCCCACCGCCGCCGAGAGGGCCCGCGUCGCCCGCGUCAUGCGCCAGCGCUCCGAUUCCGAGACCCUCUCCGACGACUUCCAUCUCGAGUCCAACGACGAAGGUUUCUCGACGGACCAUGUGACGGCGCACCCGGCGAUGGCCGAUCCAGAGCCGGAGGGUUCGGCGGCACCCGUCCCGCCGCCGCGCAGAAGCCGGCCGGUGAACCUGGAGAGAUUCUCCUCAACGCACAAAUCCAAAUGCUUCAGUAGUGUAGAGAGCGAUCUAGACUGUCUUAGAACCCCAACCCAGAGCGCCCGAAGUGCCGAAGACGUUUUUUUAGACGUAAGUAACCGCGGACCAAAACUGAGCCCGGAGUUGGGGGCGAGCCCGGAGAGUCCACCGGGCGCCCUCUCGCCCUCCCUGAGCCCGCUCAGCGACCGGCGCGGCGACCUCUCGUCCUCGCCCCACGGGCGCCUCUCGCCCUCGCUCGCCGGGCGCCUCGCCGAGUCGGACGGGAUGUGCGACUUCGGCUCCGACGGGAAGAAGCAGGCCGGCGAGAAGUGCAGACAUCGGAAGCGACGGCGGCGGAACAAGGGGGUCGGCGGCUCCUUGGCCGGCACCACCUUCAGCCUCCAGAACCUCCUCGACGUGCCCGGCAAGCGAAGCUGCGAGACCUACACCCUCGCUCGCUCCAGGCAGAGCCCCAAACGCCGCUCCAAAGCACGCCACAUCGCCAACUCCUCAACAUCCUCGUCCUCUGCUGAAAGUCUGAGCUCCCUCAGAUUUUCCCGCAAAUCGGAGCGAGGAGCGAAGGAGCUGAGAGAGAAGUCGCGGACUUGUGAGGAGGGGAAAACCUGCCUGGAGGCGCCCGUUCUGAAUCCGCGACUCAAGCGGAGUUGCAGCAGCAGCGAGAAACUUUACUCGUACAAAAGCUCCUCCAUCAUGUUAGAGAACGAGGCGUCGACAGAGCCGUUACUGGCCACCAGCAGCGCCAGCUCCAAAAACACUGGCUUCUUCAUUGUAUCCCCGAGAGGGCGCACCGAUCAAACCUACGACUAGUUCCAUGCAAAAGCCAAGCUCUCCACUACCUUGCUAAGGAAAAACGCCGCACAGUGGAUCGAAUCAAUAGGAGAGGUCGGACAAAAUUUGAAAACUUUAAACGCUCAUAACUCCACUCAUACAAAAUUUUGAGGCUCUAAAAGUGGCU